AUGUCCCGGAAAGAAACUGUCACUCCCUCAGUACCAUUGACUCCAACACCUCAAAUCAUUCCGAUUAAUGAGAUUAAUGAGGUAACAUCAUCUGCUUCAAUUCAUUCAAUUCAUGCAGUAAACAUUCCACAUACCUUGGACGACGAUACCAUUCAUUCGUCAUUAGAAUUUUUAAAAACGCCCGGUAUUCAACGACGCUUAGAAACUAAUAUUCGUAAAUUUGAUAAAUCCACGCCAAAACAACGUGAACUUGAAGAAAAACGUAUUACAAUCAGAAUACAAAGGAUAGACAUUUUAAUAGUCUGUUUAACUUUCUACACUGCACUCAUGAUGCAAUGGCUUACAUUACUAGGACUUUCAACUUCCUUUUCCAAUUUCUUAUUCCAAUUAUUUAUUAACUCUUUCGAUGUCACACAAUGGAAUUUUCAAGAAAUUCAAACUAUUGGGAAAAUUUCUGGGGUUGCUACAAGUUUACAACUAAUUUUUUCUAUCAUAUCAAAUUUUAUAAUGAUUUUAUACAAAAUUUUUUAUCACGCAAAAAAUAUACCUUUAAGUUUUAGUGGUCCAAUUUAUUUUGGUGGAUUAUUUCGUUUUUUCAACAUAUUUCGUCCUAAAAUUCUUGAUCAUCAAUUAUCUGUCAAAAACAUUGAUGCUAAAUUUCAUCAAUAUUUGGGUAUAUUAAGUAAUGGUUUAAUUAUAAUUACUGCAAUAAUAAUUGUAUGUGAUAAAUUAACUAUGAUUGAUAAUAUCACUAGUGAAGAUGUAAAUACGUUAUUAUCAGGAUUAAUUGAUCAAUCAAAAAUAUUAUCUCGGGAUGUAGAUGUUAAUCAAACUGUUAUUCAAUCUCAGAACGCGACUCAAGUAGCAUUAUCAGUUCAACAUGCUGCAAUAUUUACAAAAACUACUUUGGUGGUAUCUAUACUUGCUAUUAUCAUGACUUCUCUUUUAAAUAUUAUAAAUUGGAUAAGAGAACUUUGGCAAGCAAAUCAUGAUAAUAUUAUUAUUUAUGAAAUGUUUAAAUGGAUUACAAGAUUAAUGGUUUGUAAUCCUUGUUGUGGAAAUAAAUCCGAUCGUCGUGAUAUGUCUGAUGAAGAAUUUAAUAUGGUGAAUGCAAAACUUGAUGAUAAAAUUGCAAAAUAUAAUC